GAAUUGAACAGUCGAAACUGUUAUUUCGUUCUUAAUUUAAAAUCAAUAUAUAUAUAUAUAUAUAUAUAUAUAUAUAUAAAUCUUCGGUGGUGAGCAAUCAAUGAUGAAGCUCAUCUGGUCACGUUUAUUACCCGUGUUGCUACUGAUCACAGUAGUGGCACUGGACACUGUUGUUGCGCGAGAUAUUGACUAUGGCGCCAAUAACGGUAGAUAUAGAGUUUUUCGGAAACAUCACCGUUCAAUCGCUAGAGAUGAGGAUGAUAUUUUGCCUUCCGCUCGUUUUGCGUCACCUGAUUUUUUCAACAGAUUCAUAGCGUUAAAGGGUCAACCGCAAGCCCCACCAUGUCCAGAUGUUGAUUACACUGAUUCGGAGGAAUUGCCGCCAGAUGAUAUUAUAAUUAAUAUACCAACUAAUCUUUUUCCUCCUGAUGAUGAUGACUUACUGACCCCAACAUUAGGACCACCUCCAGCAACACCUCCAGCAACACCUCCAGCAACACCUCCAGCAACACCUCCAGCAACACCUCCAGCAACACCACCAGCAACACCUCCAGCAACACCUCCAGCAACACCUCCCGCCACACCUCCAGCAACACCACCACCUCCACCUCCUCCACCACCUCCUCCAACACGUCGUCCACCAGUUGGUAAUCCAAUUUAUAUCGGAUUCAAUAGCGACGAUGAAUAUGAUGAAGAUGAUUAUGACUAUACCAACAACGACAAUUAUAGUGAUAAUGAGGACGACGACGAUGACGACGACGACGAUGAUGACGGCAACGACAGCUACAGCGAGGCCAAUCGUGACGAUAACGAUGAUGAAGAUGAUGUUGCAACAAUCAGUGCUGGGCGUCGUUUAUUACCACGUGGACAAUUCGGUGCCGGUCAUGUAAGCUCGGUUAGCCAGCCAGAAUCAUCCUUAGAAGUCCAGGACAAUGCUCUCAUUGACAAUAAUUUCGGCAGAGCAGCACGCGAUCAACAAUCGGAUUAUCAACGACGACGAAAUCUUAUUCGGCGUCGUCGUUUGCAACGUAGGCGCGCAGCCAGGCAGCGUAGACGUCGUCAACAAAGGCUCCGUCAACAAAUAAAGAGAUUAAAUGGUAGAAGGCGUUUUAUACGACGACACUAUCACAGAGGCAAUAGCGGUGUACGACGACGAGGCUCAAGACGUAGACCAAAUCGUCGCAUUCUUUUAAAUGCAAAGAAGUGAACAAAAAAAUAUACAUCUCGAUAGAAUUGGAAAAAGUAAAAAAUAAACGAUAUUAACUUGUAUU